AUGGGACGAUUUACGAUGUAUAGACCUACCACGAGAAAUGAAUGGUGGUUUUGUGGCCAACUUUUCGCGCAGGCCAUUCUAAGCUUCGCGAUUGCAAUAUACAUUCUCGUUGAAUGGCAAUCAUGGGUCACACCACGUAUAACCCAACUCACCAUUUCCUACACGGUCCCAAUCGGUCUAGGAAUCCUUAUAUUCGCUGUUCUAUUCACGCUCAUCCUUUCGCUGGAUGCAAUUCAUCACCAAAACAGCCCACUUCUCCUCGCCAUCUGCGUCUGCAAUUCCUGCACCUUGAUCUUCUCCAUUAUGCGGUACAGGUCGAUGCGCCACAUAACGAACAAGCUUUAUGCGCAUCGUUAUAACUUCCCAACUCUGGUGGAUAAAUCUAGGAAUGUCUGGCCUCGCAUUCAGCCAGCCGAAUUCAUUCUACCAGUGAUCGUGGGUCUCAGCAAUAUGAGCUUGUGGCUCUGUGCAUAUUUCUUGCGCAAAGAGUUUUCAUGGACCAUCUACAAGAGUGUUCAUGGCAGUAAUAAUCAUGGCAGUCUCAAAACCAGGAAGCGCUACAGGGCAUAUGAGAUAUACAUCGUCCUCAUCAAGCUCAUUUUUUUCUUCUUGACCGGCUUCAUUAUCCAAUACAACCUGAUCGACGUUCACUUCGACGAGCCCGAGUAUAGCCUAACCAUGGCUGUAAUACCGGCUGCGUUUAUUGUGAUUAUGCUCGGUAUUUACUUCGUGAAACACGAGAGAACAUACCCCAUGAUCCCUAUCCUAGUAUGCUACCUAGGCAUGAUCGCGUACCUCAUCAGCCGCAUAGUCAUUCUAUGCGGACAUAAACGCCGCGCACAUACCGCUGGAAAGGACAUGAUGCUACUAUUUGCGAUUGCAGCUUUAGUAUCGACUGUGUCCACAUUCCUUUGCGCCAUUGUCUGCGUGCUUAAUUUCAAUAACGGUUUAAUGGUGCUCGACAGAUGGAGAAGAAACGUCGCGCGAGAGUCGUCCCUGUUUCGGAGUGGCUAUCGCCGUGCGGAUUUUGAACUACCGCCGUAUCCACAUGCACGGCAGGGAAUAUUGCUUGAAUGA